AUGCAACUCUCUGUCAAGCCCCAAACUCAAAAGCCUCCAAAAAUUUACCAAUGUGCAUACUGCGAAAAAAAAUACCGAAAAAUUGACGAACAUGCGAUUCGUCAACAUAAUGCUGCCAAACAUACAAUCAAAUGUUCAUUGUGCACGGAAACUCUCGUGAAUAACGAAGAACUCGAAAAACACAUAAAUAGCAAGCACCCUCCUACACGUUGGUGUGACGUUUGCAAAAAGUGUUUUGAGUUGGAGGAAUUUAAAAAACACCUCCGCGAAAAACACAAAUUAAUCAUACUAGAGAAUCGUAAAUAA